AAAACAAUGGCCGUGGUCCGUGGACAAAGAACGUGACCAAACGCAAUCUGUGAUUCCACAGUCCGUACAAUCUGUGUUAAAAUUCGCGAAAAUCCUCGCCAGUCUUGGGCUAGUGCUAGAGCUUUGCUUUCUAAGCAAAAAGCUUGGGAUUCAAUCAAUGGCGACGAGUCAGCAGCAGCAGCAAGGGAGCGCGAGCAGAGCGGAGAAGAGAAAGCCGGUGUUCGUGAAGGUGGAUCAGCUAAAGCCAGGGACGAGCGGUCACACGCUGAUCGCCAAGGUCUUGACCUCCAACACCGUCUUGCAGAAGGGCCGCGCGGCCUCUCAGCACCUCCGCCACACCCGCAUCGCCGAGUGCCUCAUCGGCGACGACACAGGCACCAUCCUCUUUACUGCUCGCAACGAUCAAGUUGACUUGAUGAAGCCAGAAAGCACUGUAAUUCUUCGAAAUGCAAAGAUUGACAUGUUCAAGGGGUCUAUGAGGCUAGCUGUUGACAAAUGGGGCCGCAUUGAGGUUACUGAACCUGCUAAAUUCAUAGUUAAAGAGGAUAACAAUCUCUCCUUGGUUGAAUAUGAGUUGGUGAACGUAGUGGAAGAGUGAUUGUUGUGAAAUCACCCCUAUGAUACUAUAAGAAGCGUGGUGAUUUCUUACCCAUUUUGCUGUCGCAUCGGAGGUACAUUUUCUUUGUGACAGUUGGGUUUGGUAUACAAGUCUCAUUCAAAUCAGUGUGUUUUAAAUGUAUUUAACAUCUAUUAGGGUUAGUAUAACGAUAUUCAAAACAGUCGGUGUGUAAGUUGGGUUUGGCAUAUUAGGAUUAGUAUAAUGCUAUUACAACAGUUGGUGUGUAAAAAAAAGAUCUUUCGCCUGCUUAACUUGGAAUUGUAAGUUAUAUAAUGAUAAUAUAUACUACUCCUACUGUGUCUUCAAAA